GGCCCAAAAGGAAUUGUGGGAGAAAGGUCUCUUCCUUUCCGUCUGGCGGCAGCCAUCAGGUAAGCCAAGAUGGGUGCCUACAAGUACAUCCAGGAGCUAUGGAGGAAGAAGCAGUCGGAUGUGAUGCGCUUUCUUCUGAGAGUCCGCUGCUGGCAGUACCGCCAGCUCUCCGCGCUGCACCGGGCGCCCCGCCCCACCCGGCCAGACAAGGCACGCCGCCUGGGAUACAAGGCCAAGCAAGGUUACGUCAUAUACAGGAUUCGUGUGCGCCGUGGUGGCCGCAAACGCCCGGUUCCUAAGGGUGCAACUUAUGGCAAGCCUGUCCAUCAUGGUGUUAACCAGCUCAAGUUUGCUCGCAGCCUUCAGUCUGUUGCUGAGGAGCGGGCUGGGCGUCACUGUGGGGCUCUGAGAGUCCUGAAUUCUUACUGGGUUGGUGAAGAUUCUACAUACAAAUUCUUUGAGGUUAUCCUCAUUGAUCCAUUCCAUAAGGCCAUCAGAAGAAAUCCUGACACCCAGUGGAUCACCAAACCAGUCCACAAGCACAGAGAGAUGCGUGGGCUGACCUCUGCAGGCCGCAAGAGUCGUGGCCUUGGAAAAGGCCACAAGUUCCACCACACUAUCGGCGGUUCUCGCCGAGCAGCAUGGAGAAGGCGCAAUACUCUCCAGCUCCACCGUUACCGCUAAUAAUAAAAGUAAUGUUUGUACAAUUCAUACCUAAUAAACAAUUUAGGACAGUCA